CUCAACGAGAAGGCGGCCAAGGCGAACGCGGGCAAGGCGGCGGUCAACGAGGGCAAGGCGGCGGUCAACGCGGGCAAGGCGGCAAAGGUCAACGAGGGCAAGGCGGCGAAGGUCAGCGAGGGCAAGGCGGCGAAGGUCAACGAGGGCACGGCGGCAAAGGUCGACGAGAGUGCGACGGUCAACGAGAAGGCGGCCAAGGCGAGCGAGAACAAGGCGGCGGUCAACGAGGGCAGGGCGGCGGUCAACGCGGGCAAGGCGGCGAAGGUCAACGAGGGCAAGGCGGCGAAGGUCAACGAGGGCAAGGCGGCCAAGGCGAACGCGGGCAAGGCGGCAAAGGUCAACGAGGGCAAGGUUGACGAGAGUGCGACGGUCAACGAGAAGGCGGCCAAGGCGAACGAGAACAAGGCGGCGAAGGCUGGCCAGCCGGCUAGCGCGACGGCGGCUGUGGGCAACGUGGCCAACGAGAGCAAGGCGGCGAAGGUGAACGAGGGCAAGGAGAAGGCCAGCCAGCCGGCGGCGGGCAACGAGCUCAACUCGUGGGAGAACAUCGAGGAGCUGAUGCACGUUUUUGACUUAACCAUGAGGAUGCCGAGGCAGCCUUGAUGUCAGUUUUGGGUCCUCCUCCCACCAGCUACUUGCAGUCCCGCCCGGCCUCUUUUUCUCCUCCUACGGAGGCAAAUGACAAGUCCGUCAACAACGCCAAAGAGCUCGGCAAGAUCAUGGAGGUCAACACUCUUGCAGCUGAGUCCGAGAGCGCCGCCAGCAAAACGGCCUCCAACCCUGGCAAGCGUGCCAACGAUGAGGCAUCCGUUCCGAACAAGAAGCUCUGCAAGGCCCUGACGGAUAAGUCCCCAACGGCGCUUGCUGAGCCACCUGCGCUGGACCGCCUUGGGUCAUGCACGACGCUACUACUGGGGCAGGACGAGGUUGAGAAGCAGAACGGUGGAACCACGGCUUCUGGCAGGAAGGCGGCUGAGACGUCUCCAGUCUCCUCGCUUGGGCCAAGUGCUUCUGCGGUUGUCGAGGGCGACCCCAUCCAACAAAUCGUUCGCAUCCUGAACAACGUCUUGGCCGCCAGCAACCAGAGUGUGGUUCUCACACCGUUGGCCGACGCUACGAAAACGGACGAGCAAGACGAGCCCAGCAUGCCCAGCCAGCCGGAAGCGUCAAAGUCCGACAAGGUGUGGGCUGGCUGGGACAAGUUCAAGGUUGGAAAGCGUGCGGAGCCAGUGAACCCAAAGUCCCUGGACUACGACGCAAGUGAUGAUGCCUCUGAUCAGCUUGGGGGCGAUGAUCAAUCCAAGCCAACAGUCCCUAUCCUCAAAAUCAACACGUCCACUCACAAACGUGAGUGGAUGUCGUUGAUGCGGAGGAUGGAGUCCGGCUCGUACUCGGCCAGCUGCCCCCACAUGGCGAAGAUGUGGUCGGGGUCGCAGAAGGAUCGCAACGAGUUGCUCAAGCAGUGGGUCACUUCGGGUGAGGUCAUGCAGAAGGUUGAAGCUUCCUUGGUCAUCAAGAGGAAGCAAGAGUCCCAAGUUGCUGCCAGCAAGAAGCUGAUGACGGUAGCUGAGAUGCAGGCUGCUGGAUUUAGCGCGGCCAAAAUCGAGAACCUGAUCAAACGUGGAGGGCUGCCAGACCCAGACGCACCCAACGACCCAGCCAGCAUGCGCUACUGGGCAACGUGUGGGGCGGAGAUGGUGGAUCGGCAGACUGUUUCUCAGGAGGCAGAAGCUGUCACGGCAGUGGAUCCCACGGCAGCAGGGCUGGCAGCAAUGUUGGAAAGCCACCAGGAGGCGACCCCGGGCAGCGCAGAUCAGCCGUCGCUGCAAAGCAUGCUGAACCUCCUCAAUCCUGCAGCGGCGCCAGCUACAGGUGCGGCGCCUGGCGUUGCAGGACAGUCCAAGCGCAAGGCGCCAAAGAAGAAGGCCAAGGGUACUCAGCAGCAAGGCCCGUGCUCGUGGGAGGAAGUCAGGGACACGUUGCGGGCUUUAUUGCUGAAAGAGCACAAAUCCACUGGCGUGCUCUUGGAGCUCCCGAAAUCUCACCCACUGAGAUCUGAGCUUGAACUGCUCAAGGGGCGGAUCGAGCAGAUGCUCGAUGUGCUGAAGGAUUCCACGGAGGACGGUCUCUACACGUUGAAGGGACGCAGUGAGGAUUUGAUGGACGAAGUUCGCAUGGCCCGGGCACAGGCUCGAGCAAUCAUUUCUGAGCUCAAGAAAGGUGGCAGCCAGCAAGCCAGCAAGGCUGACAAGUCUGGCUGACCAUAUGGUAGGUCACACUGAGGUGUGCCAAUUUGGGCAACAUGAGCGGCAGUGCCGCUAUAGCAUAUGUUGCCAUGGGGGCAUUUCACUUUGAGCAUCAAAUCAGCGUUGG